GCGUGGGAUUUAAAUUUAGCGUCUAUGCAAUGGACGCCAUGAUGAAAUUCACAAAAUAGGAAUGAGGAAUCAGAAGAUUGCUUGAGAACGGAAGAAAAAUGCUGUAUUUGGAGGACUAUGUGGAGUUGAUUGAGCAGCUGCCAGUUGAGCUGCGAGACAGAUUUACAGACAUGAGGGAGAUGGAUCUACAAGUUCAGAACAGAAUAGAUGACUUGGACAUCAGAGUGAAGCAGUUUUUCAUGAACUGCCGUAAGGCAAAGCCAGAGUGGAAAGAACAACAGUACAAACAAAUCAGAGAUGAGUAUCUGAAAGCUGUUGAGGAUGCUGAUGAAAAAGUUAGCAUAGCAACACAGACAUAUGAUUUGGUGGACAGACACUUAAGAAAAUUAGACCAAGAGCUGUCCAAGUUCAAAUUGGAAUUAGAAGCAGAUAAUGCUGGUAUUACAGAGAUACUGGAGCAAAGAUCUCUGAGACUUGACGAACCUCUCAAUCCACCUUCACCUGCAAGGAAUAACCACAUACAUGGAUCACUGCAAUUAGCUGGGCACAAAAGGAAAGCUCCUGACAGUCUCUCUAAUGAUUUGGUCAACGGAGAUCACUUAUCAAUCCCAGGGAUGCAUGAUUAUGCAUAUAGCUCCCUUGGAGCCUACAACCAGAUGUCACCAUCACCAAAAACAGUUGCACCCCAGUCUCCAUCGUCUUCUCCAAGAUCUUACACAUUAGGUUCAGUCGGAGCGGGAUCAGCUGCAGUUGCAGUUGCUGCAGCGCAAGCAGUAACGACAACCCUUCAGAUGCAGCCUGUGAGGAGAGGCAGUGGAGCCUUGAAACCUCCGUAUGCCGCAGCCUUAGGCAGUUCUUUGAGCUCUUUGUCCACCCCACCAAGUGGUUUGAAUGGUCUCCCUGCCAGUAGUUCCCUGGGGAUGCCGUUUGACUCGGCAUCCUCCAAUGUAAACUCUGUCAGUAUUCCUGUUACUCCAAGUGACGUACAUGCAUCAAUCAGUGUGGCGCCAACAUCGACGAAACAAAAGAAAAAAAGUAAAAAUUCCACACAAGUCACAGCAGUGGCCUCGGCGCAGGUCGCUGAACAAGAGGCAGCCGUAGCAGCCGCCGCUGUACCGGACUGGGUGUACGACCCCAAUGAACCACGGUAUUGCCUCUGUAAUCAGGUCUCAUAUGGCGAAAUGGUGGGAUGUGAUAACCCUGAUUGUGCCAUCGAAUGGUUUCAUUACGGAUGUGUUGGAUUAACAGACGCUCCCAAAGGAAAAUGGUUUUGUCCUCAAUGUCAAAAUCAAAUGAAACAACAGAAAAGAGGAGGUAGACACAAAUGAUAUACAUACAGUAAUGCAAUUAUGGAAAAGCCAGCGGCGAUAGAUGUAAUGUGGACCAACGUGACAUUGAGCGAAUGGUGUUGCGUUACUAUUGUGUCGCAAUGUGUUAUGUGACGAAGCCAUUGGCGUUUAGGCAACAUGUUAGGGGCUGCUUACAAUGCCAAACAGAAAAACACACAUUAAGGGAAGAAAAUGAAGAUAAAUGAAAAAUUUUUAGUCCGAAGAAUACUUCCAGUUCCUGUAAGACUAGCGAAUUUGUUAUUGAAAAGUGGAAGGACUGGUUUGCGAUCUACAAGCGAUACAGUCAGAGGUUAAAAGCAAAAAAAGGAUGUAAAUUUGUCUAAUAGCAUACUCAAUGUAAGUUGUACAAAACGUUUAUUUGCAUGCAUUCUGGCCAAAUAGUUCUGAAUCCAUGUCUUCAUACAAAGACGAGAAUAAAAGAAUGAAAAGGAUUUUUA